GAGGCUCCCCGCCUCCCCCCUUUUGCCGACAAGAUGGCGGCUGCAGUGGCUAACGCUCCGCAGGCUGCUGUGGUGCCCCCGCCAUCUCCAGCGGCCGCGGCUUUGCCGGUCGCGCCCUCGGCAGCGCCCGCUGCGGUUCCGGCGCCAGCUCCUUCUCAGGCCGCUCUUGCGCCAACCUCAGCUCCCCCGACUGCCCCUCCCGCGUUGGCAGCUCCUUUUCCCGGGGGCCGCGCGGUCCGACUUCACCCGGUGGUCCUCGCCUCCAUCGUGGACAGCUUUGAGCGGCGUAAUGAAGGCGCGGCCCGAGUCAUCGGCACGCUGCUGGGCACAAUUGACAAACAUUCCGUGGAAGUCACCAACUGCUUCUCUGUCCCUCACAAUGAGUCAGAAGAUGAGGUGGCAGUUGAUAUGGAAUUUGCCAAGAAUAUGUAUGAACUACACAAGAAGGUUUCCCCCAGUGAGAUUAUUCUGGGAUGGUAUGCAACAGGACAUGACAUCACAGAACACUCAGUCUUGAUUCAUGAAUAUUACAGUCGGGAAGCACACAAUCCAAUUCACCUUACUGUGGACACCAGUCUACAAAAUGGGCGUAUGAGCAUCAAGGCAUAUGUCAGUACUGCAAUGGGGGUCCCUGGUAAGACUAUGGGAGUUAUGUUCACUCCCCUCACAGUGAAAUAUGCAUAUUAUGACACAGAACGGAUAGGAAUUGAUCUCAUCAUGAAGACUUGCUUCAGCCCGAAUCGAGUGAUUAGUUUAUCGAGUGAUCUGCAGCAAGUUGGAACGGCUUCUGCUCGGAUUCAGGACACCCUGGGCACAGUACUGCAGUAUGCAGAAGAUGUGCUGUCUGGUAAAGUGGCUGCUGACAACACUGUUGGUCGUUUCCUAAUGGACCUCAUUAAUCAAGUUCCAAAGAUUUUACCAGAGGACUUUGAGACAAUGCUGAACAGCAAUAUCAAUGAUUUGCUGAUGGUGACUUACUUGGCAAACCUCACACAGUCGCAGAUCGCACUCAACGAAAAAAUAUUAAAUCUGUAACGAACUCCUGGCCAUCUUGUUAACAGAAAAGUGUGAAGAAAACUGGAGUUGUCCCUCUAGUCCAAGGUCUUAGUUGGACUGUAAUGUCUAAAAUGACUGCUAACAAUCUUUCUCUUCACCCCUCCUUCCCUCCCACCUCUAAGAAAAUAAUUGAAAUUGUAAUUGGCUCACAAAGCUGAAGGCUGUAAUUAAAAAUGAGUUGGCAACUCCUCUGCAGAUCCCA